AGUUUCGAAAAUAAAGUUAACCUAAGUGUCACGGUAAAGGACGGCAAAGGCGGCGUGGCCACUUCAGUCUUCGCUGUGAAUAUGUGCUCGGGUUGUAAUGGUAAAGGCACAUGCGACUUCAACACCAUACUCGAAGACAUGAGUGAUGUCUAUAAAGUGGUAAAAUGCGACUGUUUCACUGGUUACGGGGGUGACCACUGUUCUACCUUAAUUGACUGGUGUGCUGCGUUUGACCAAUGCCCGGAACAGACCACGUGUACAACUCUGCCACCAGAACUCAAUAACGAGGCCAAUCACACCUACUUCACGUGUUCGGCUUGUCCAGCAGGAUAUGAACAGAGAGGCUCUAAAUGUAUAGAUGUGGACGAAUGUGCCAGGGAAGACACGAAUAACUGCACAAGGAACACGAGCGUCUGCGUUAACCUGGUGGGAUCCUACUACUGUAACUGCACAGCGGCUGGCUUCAGGAACGAUGCGAACGACCCAUACACGUGCCAAGAUCCCACGGAUCUUAAGUGA